UGGAAUCGUAUCCAAAAGGGGGCACAGCACAAGAGCGUCGAAGAGAGAAGAUGGCAUCCGUUCCGCCCGAAGAUGAGCGCACGCAGGUGCUGAACGCGUACAAGGCCAAGGUUAUGGAGCAUCGCGAGAUGGAGAGCAGAGUGAAAAACAUGCGCGAGAACGUCAAAACACUCGUGAAGGAGUUUAACAAGACAGAGGACGACCUCAAGGCUCUACAGGUACAUAAUUACGCGUUAAAUUCCAUCUUCACUGCUGUCAUUCCUCCACUCACGGCAUUUUCACUGCACAGAGCGUGGGCCAAAUCAUCGGCGAAGUGCUUCGUCAGCUGGACGAAGACCGCUUCAUCGUCAAGGCCUCGAGUGGCCCGCGUUACGUCGUGGGAUGCCGCGCUAAGGUAGACAAGAGCAAGCUGAAGUCAGGCACACGUGUGGCGCUGGAUAUGACGACGCUCACCAUCAUGCGCUACCUGCCGCGUGAAGUGGACCCCACCGUGUACCACAUGCUGAAUGAGGACGCUGGAAACGUGUCGUUCUCGAGCAUCGGCGGUCUGAACGAGCAGAUCCGCGAGCUCCGCGAGGUCAUCGAGCUGCCACUCACUAACCCAGAACUGUUCCUACGUGUCGGUAUUAAACCACCCAAGGGUGUGCUACUAUAUGGACCCCCCGGUACGGGUAAGACCCUGCUGGCUCGUGCGCUGGCAUGCAACAUCAACGCCACCUUUUUGAAGGUCGUGGCCAGUGCCAUUGUGGACAAGUACAUUGGCGAGAGUGCCCGUGUGAUCCGUGAGAUGUUCGGAUACGCCCGAGACCACCAGCCGUGCGUCAUCUUCAUGGAUGAAAUCGAUGCCAUUGGUGGAAGUCGUUAUUCGGAGGGAACGUCUGCGGAUCGUGAGAUCCAGCGUACGUUGAUGGAGCUUUUGAACCAACUUGAUGGUUUUGAUGCUCUCGGACAGGUGAAAAUGGUCAUGGCGACGAACCGACCGGAUAUUUUGGACCCUGCGCUGCUGCGUCCUGGUCGUCUGGAUCGUAAGAUUGAGAUUCCGCUGCCGAACGAGGCCUCGCGCAUGGAUAUUCUGAAAAUUCACUCGGGUCCUAUCACGAAGAAGGGCGAAAUCGACUACGAGUCGAUCGUCAAGCUCACAGACGGCUUUAACGGCGCCGAUAUGCGGAAUGUGUGUACCGAAGCUGGUAUGUUCGCUAUCCGUGCCGACCGCGAGUAUGUGGUGGAGGAGGAUUUCAUGAAGGCUGCGCGGAAACUGGCAGAGACCAAGAAACUCGAAUCCAAGAUGGACUACAGCAAGGUUUAAAGUUGCUCGCUGUUACGUGCCCAUGUUUUGCCGAGCUAUCUCGUUCUUAUCAAGAGUCGAACAGAUACGAGAAAAGGGAAAUGAAACAGGGCGCGGUGGGUUGUAUCUUGCUACA